AUGACUAGCGCGGUAACAUCCCCCAUCGCGAGCACCAUCACGACAGCCAGCACCUCGUCCUCAGGUACCUCGACAGCGAAGAGUAACAAAAACAGCCUAGUCAUCCGUAGCCUAACUCCCGUCUCACCGUCCUUCCCGCUCCCUUUUAGGCUGACGGACGUCGACCUGCUCCGCCGCGACUGCCACAUCCACGGUGAAUGGGUCUCCUCCCUCAGCAAUAAGCGCUUCGCGGUUCUCGACCCGGGCACCGGUCGCGUGUGGGCGACGUGUCCCGACAGCACGAGAGACGACGUCAAUCCCGCAGUCAAAUCUGCGUACGUCGCCUUCCAGGGCUUCUCGAAGAACACCCCUGCCCGCGAGCGCGCUCGCCUCCUCACCUCCUGGCACCAUCUCAUCCUCGCUAGCCGCCUCGACCUGGCCACCAUCCUCGUCCAUGAAACAGGGAAGCCGCUGACCGAAGCCCUCGCCGAAGUCGACUAUGGCGCUGGUCUCGUCCGCUGGUUUGCCGGUGAAGCCGAGCGACUGGAACCGCCGCCACCAUCAACUCCUCAGUUGCCGUCGCCGGCUGCAUCCCGGGUCUCCUCCCCCACAUCCGAUGACGGCACUGUCCCCGCAUCGACAACGGCAACCGGCAUAUUCCCGAAAAGGCGCGGCGCCGUCCUCAAGCAACCUAUCGGCGUCGUUCUCGCUCUGGUGCCAUGGAGCUUUCCCCUCGCUCUCGCUCUCCGUAAAGCGGCAGCAGCUUUAGCGGCCGGCUGCACCGUCAUCGUCAAACCAUCCUCCGAAACCCCCCUCUCGGCCCUCGCCCUCGCCUGCCUCGCCGAUCGCGCGGGCUUCCCCGCCGGCGCCCUCAACGUCCUGACAACGAGCCUGGGGAACACGCCGGUGGUAUCCGAGGCGCUGUGCAUGCACCCGCUCGUCAAGGCGGUGAGCUUCACAGGCAGCGCGCGGGUCGGGAAACAGGUCGCUGCCUCCUGCACCCGGAAUCUGAAGCGCCUUUCGCUUGACCUGGGUGCGAACUGCCCGGCCAUCGUGUUCGACGACGCGGACCUCGGCCAGGUGGCCAAGGAUCUCACGGCGCUGAAAUGGAGGCACGCGGGCCAGGCCUGCGUCGCGCCAAACCGCUGUUACGUACAGCGGCGGGUCUAUGAUGUGUUUUCCACGUUGUUGGUGGCGGAGGUCUCGAGGCUCAAGGUCGGGCACGGGAUGGCUAGGGAGACGACGUUAGGCCCGUUGACGACUAUUCGCGGGCUGUACAAGGCGGAGGCGCUCUGCAAGGAUGCAAUAGAGAAAGGGGCUGUCAAGUUGCUCGGUACCGGAAGAAGAGAGCCCGGCGACGGGUACUUCAUGGCGCCGACUGUGUUGGGUAGUAUGACGGACUCGAUGUUGAUGUGUCGUGAGGAAGUGUUUGCCCCGGUGCUGUGCUUGUACGUUUUUGACACUGAAGAUGAGGUUGUGAUGAGGGCGAACGACACCCCCGUUAUCUCGGCCGGGUACGUCUUCACGAAGAAUUCCGAUCGGCUGUGGAGGAUUUUUGAUCGGCUGGAUGCCGCAGUCCUAGGAAUGAAUACGGUCUACUUGGUGACGGAAACGCCUGUACCGACUUCAAACAACGGGAGCGGAUACACACCGGCACAAGCUACAGCCUUGGACGAAUUUCUCGUCACAAAAGGCGCUGCGAUGUCUCCUUCAUAA